AUGUGGCUGCCCGUGCGGCGACUGCUCGAGCUGCUGAUGGCGGGCGCCGGCUCGGAGGUGCCGGGCCAUGUGGCGUUCAUAAUGGACGGCAACCGGCGCUAUGCUGACGAGGCCGGCGUCGAGCUGCUGGAGGGCCACACCUCGGGCUACUCCAAGAUGGUUGACGUCAUCAAGUGGUGCUUCGAGCUGGGCAUCUGCCACGUCAGCGUCUACGCGUUUUCGAUCGACAACUUCCGCCGCGACACGGGGGAGGACGAGGCCGCGCGUGAGUGGGGCGCAGAGCUGCGAGUGCUGGGAGACCUCUCCCUCGCACCCCCAGGCGUGCAGGCCGCCGCGGCGCGCCUCAUGCGCUCGUCCGCCCGCCUCGCCGCGUCCGCGCCGCCCGGCGUCCCGCGGCGCGUGGUCAACGUUUGCUUCUCAUACACGUCAACGGAGGAGCUGGGGGCGGCGCUGGCGCGGCUGCGGCGCGGGCUGGCCGGGUGGCAGCUGCUGCCCGGGGACGUCGGCUGGCCGCUGGUGCAGUCCGCGCUGCACACUGGCGCGCCGCGCGCGGGCGGCAGUCCGCCGGUGGACCUGGUGAUACGGACGUCCGGGGAGGAGCGGCUUUCGGACUUUCUGCUGUGGCAGUCUGGGGGCGCGCUGCUGCAGUGGCUGCCGGUGCUGUGGCCGCGGCUGUCGUUUCUCGACCUGUUGCGAGCGGUGCGCGCGUGGCGCGCCGCGCGGCCGGCGCUGGCGGCGCUUGCAGCGACGGCGGCCGAGCGGGAGCCUCGCGGGCGCGGCGGCUCCGGCGUUGGUGGGGGCGCGGCCGCCGGCGGCGGCGAUGAGGGGCGCGGUGGCGACGCGGCGGGCGCGGGCGGCGGCGGCGGCAGCGGCGCUUGCGGCGGGGGGCCGUGCGGCGGCUCGCCGAAGGGGACGGAGCGCGCGGCGUCGGCGGCGCUGUCUGCGAUAAGCGAGGACGAGCCCAGCUGCGCGCCGCACCCUUCCCAGCAGCUGCGGUUCAAUGACUUCCUCCGCGGCCUGGAGGCGCAGCGGCAGGACUGGAUACGGCAGACGCUCGAGGCGGCAGGGGAGUGGGAGGAAUGGGAGGGGCCGCAGCGUAGCCACUUGGUCGCGCCGGCGUCCUGA